UGAUUGGUGGAGAGCAGCGUCAGUCUGCUGGAGGCGCAGGACGCACCCAUUACGCGCAUCACUCUGCAGGUUUCGGUGCUCACGCGCUCCGGGCGGCUCCGGAUCUUUGUUUGAGUUCAUAUAAAACCUCGACUCGGAAACUCCAGGGCGGUCAGUCUGUGAAGGAGAGGUCUCUGCGAUGGAGGGGAGGAUGUUCUGCUGGACUCUGCUGGUCCUGGGUCUGUCAGGUGUCGAUGCCCUCCAGGUGAACAUCCCUCAGGAACAAUAUGAGCACGCCCGAGGAGACAACAUCACGCUGCCCUGCAAGUACGAAACCAAGAAGAAAGGCGAGAUGGUCAUCAUCUCGUGGUCCGUGGAGGGGACACAGGCCAACGCCAAAGAGCUCCUGAUCCUCACGUAUUACUCUAUCGGUGCAAGGACCGACAUCAAGGCCAUCUAUGAAGGCCGGGUCUCUAUAGAUGUGAAUGUUGCACAAGGAAAGGCUGACCUGAAGCUGAAAAGCAUCACUCUGGCUGACAACAAGAUGUUUGAGUGUCGAGUCCAGAUCCCCGGAGACGACGAGGGCAAGCCGGCUGACACUGCACGUCUGGUGGUUCUCGUCGCUCCCUCCAAGCCCAUCUGUGAGAUCCAGGGACAGGCGGAGUACGGCAAGAACAUCAACCUGACCUGUAAGUCUGAGGAAGGCUCCCCAACACCCACCUACAAGUGGCAGAGUCAGGAUGUCAGCAGGACUCCUCGCAUGCCGGCUCCCAGAACCACCGACAAGGGAGGCAUCCUGUCUUUGUACAACAUCUCCAAAGAAUCAGGAUACUACACCUGCACCUCCAGCAACAAGAUCCGCUCCGCUACCUGCAACAUCACCCUCUCAGUCAUGCCACCCUCCAUGAACAUCGGCUCCACCGCAGGAAUCAUCGGAGCUGUCGUCGCCGCGUUGAUCGUGCUCAUCAUCAUCAUCUACUGCUGCUGCUGUCGCAAGAAGAAGAACAAAGAGGAGGACUACGCCAUGGGCGUCCGUGAGGAAGAGUACACGGACAAGGAGCCGGCUGGAAACGGCGAGAGUCGCCGAGCUGACGGCCAAGAGGACCCCAAAGGUUACCCGGACUCCAGCGUGAGGAGCCAAGACGGCUAUGAAGAACGGAGCGAGCGCAACUACGACAGCCGCAGGGAUUACGAUGACCGCCGCAGCGAUUACGAUGAUGGCCGCAGCGACUAUACAGACCGCCGUGACAGGAGCGGUGACCGCCAUGAGCGCUAUGAUGAUGAUCGCCGCUAUGAUGAUGAGCGCCGCUAUGAGGAUGAGCGCCACACCGACGACCGCCGCACCGACGACCGCAGAGAUCGCCAAUAUGAUGAUGACAGAGACCGUCGCUAUGAUGAUGAUGAAAGAGACCGCCGGUAUGAUGACCGCUAUGAUGAGCCCCACGAUGACAGACCACCGGUCCCGCCUAACAACAAACCGAGGAGGGACUACGAUGACUAAGACCGACGACCCGUCUCUCCACUGAUCUCACCUCCUCCCCGUCUCUUUGACCAUGUCACACGGCGCUCUCUGAAAUGCUGUUCUGAUGUCACUCAGGUCAGGUUUCUAAAACAAACAAGAUAUCUGGAAACACGUUAGCUCCUUCCAGAUAACAGCUGACACUUACAUUCAGCCGCCGCGGCAAGGAUUCCCUUUGCUGUCAGAUUGUGUCACAUCAGAUACUCCAUGUGUCCUAAUCUUAGCGUUUAGCCUCUCACUAGCUAAAGGUGAUCUUAGCUAAAAUGCUGCUGGAUGCUAACGUCAGCUGACGUUAAAGUGUUCCUUUCCGUCAAAGAGCGCUUCAAUGGUUCAUGUUUGAUCCUCUACGUUCAUGGGAUUCAUUAUCAGCAGCUGUAACUUUAGUUCUACUUCCCACCCUCACAAUUAAACAUGGCCGCCGUGUGAACAUGAUCAGUCGUCCAAUGACAGCCGUUUACCUGGAAACGAAAAGGUGUGACCUCAGCGGCUCAUUUUCUGCUUCCUUGUUGUGACAUAAUUAGCUUAAAGUGAAACCUACAGAAACACGAGGAGAGAGAGACGAGGUCUCUGUGAGGGAUCGGCCAAAGCAGGGCGGGGAUCCUGAAAUGUCCAUCUGACCCUUUGAAAACAUGACCGGGGAGGGCGGGGCGGGGGGCAGGGUCAACAGGUGAACAGGUUUAAACGCUGAUCAAUCGUUAUGUGUAAUUCACAAAUGACAAAGAUCAGGUCAGACCGACAUUUCAAAAUCCCCAGAUUAUGACUAACACCAUGUUUUGAAGACGUGCGUGUGUGUGCGUGUGCGUGUGCGUGUGCGUGUGUGUGUGUGUGUGUGUGUGUGUGUGUGUGUUUCUGCUGUUGGGUUUUGAUGGUGGUAGUUUGUGAUGUUAGCUUCGUGCUAACGAAAGGAGCUUCUUCUUUACAUUACGCUGCGUUAUUGUUGUUUCUAUGAGGACGGUCUACUUUAUAUUCUUUAUAGAAACGUAGACUUUAAUCUUCUCUUUGGGUUUUAAUCUUGUGUCAUAUCGCGUGUAUAAUACGACUUCUCCCCCUGAUAAUCGGGAACAUCUCCGUACAUCUCAGGGUUCGUUUUUUGCCAAAAAAAAAAAACCCAAGUAGAUUUUAUUCUUUAUUUUAACCUCUCUCAGUAUAUAUUCUGUUACAGCUUCAUAUGUUUUUAUAAUGUUUGUUUUAUACAGAAAAUGCAGAUAUGUUAUCCAAGCUGUUGUUGUGUUAACUAUCAUUCAGGUUUGUAAAAAAUGUUUUAAAGAAUCAUCUUCAGACGUUCAUUCUGUAUGUAAAAUAAAGCUGAUUAAAUUAAAACAUUAAACUGUG